AUUUUAGGGAUAUUAAUUGGUAAUGAAGGAAAGGACUUCGAUCAAGCUGGCCAACUGAAAAUAUAAAUGAUAACAUGAUCUGAUACUUGUGAGGAGGUGGUUUUAAAUGAUCAGACAAUCUAUAAAUCGGCUUCAGCCGAGAUCUACUUUAAAAUGUUGCCGUGUUUUACCAAGGACAGCUAAGCCAUGUAUAAGGAUGUUUGCUACCAAACCAUAUCCGUUAAACAGGUCAAGACAACUUCUCAAGUAUACAAUCGAUUUUUUGAAAGUCAAUCUUACUGUUAUUUGGACUCCUCUAAAGUCUUUUGGUUACCUGGGUGGAGCUUAUGGAGUGUUUUGUGUCGGAUACUCAACUUUAUCACCAUCUGAGUGGAAUCUCUCAGAUCACAAUGUUAUGUUAACUGGAAUUGUUCGCUUUGUUAGAACUGUCUCAAACGCUGCUUUAAUCAUGGCUGUUUACAAAUAUUCAUAUUGGGGCGUGGUGAAACCGGAACAACCUGAUGAAAACCCGUUUGGUAAACCAAAUGGGAAAAAUGUCGAGGAAGUUGAGCUGACACCAGAACAGCAGAAGUACAAAGAAAUUCAACACAAGUUUUGGGAAUUCGCAGCUAAUCGUAUUGCUAAUGUUAUGCUAGUUAACGGUGGAUCUUACAUCAAAAUUGGUCAGGGUAUGGCUACUUAUUCAUCUAUGUUGCCUCAAGAGUUUGCUGCGGCAUUGAAACCUUUAUUGAGCAAUAUCUUUGAGAGGCAAAGUGGUGAAAUAGAAUACAUGUUUGUAGAAGAUCUUGGUGCACAACCAGAGAAACUCUUUGCAAAUUUCAAACGGGACCCUAUAGCAGGGGCUUCUAUUGCCCAGGUUUUUCUGGGACAGACUCAUUGUGGAAAGAAGGUUGCUAUUAAAGUUCAGUAUUUUGAUAUCGCUAAAAGGUUCAAGAUGGACAAAGGAACUUGUCUUUUUCUUUUACGAGUAUUAGAUUGGUUUAUUCCUGGUAUCCCCUUCCUGAAUGUCAUGCCUCAUGUUUUUGAUAGUCUUAAAAAAGAAUUAGAUUUUGUUACAGAAGGCAGGAAUUCUGAUUCAUGUAAGAAUGAACUGAAAGAUUUGGAUUUUAUGUACGUUCCUGCAGUUCAUUGGAAACUGACCAGCAAGCGAAUUUUAACAAUGGACUUUGCUGAAGGAAUCAGUUUGACUGAUGCUGAGAAAAUUAAAGCUGCUGGCUUUGAUACUAAAGAAAUCAUGACCAAGGUUAUUCGAAUAUUCUCAGAACAAAUUUUCAGAACUGGAAAUAUUCAUAGUGAUCCUCAUCCGGGAAACCUAAUGGUUAGAAAAAAUCACCGAACUGGAAAAACAGAGAUAGUGGUGAUUGAUCACGGGCUGUAUGAGCACCUGCCAACGGAGUAUCGACAAGCAUUUGCCUCCUUCUGGCACUCUGUAAUCAUUGAUGACCAUGAUGAAGUUCAAAGUAGUGGUAAAAUACUUGGGCUAAAUUUUCCUGACAUGAUGGCCACCCUUUUGUUUUUCCAACCCUACGGUAAAAUGAAGGAGUUGGGUUUCGGAGGGAUGCAUGGUGAGCGUAGAAAGAAGGUGAUAGACAUGAAUGAAGAAGAAAAGGAACAAAUGGAGUUAAUACGGCACAUGGCACAUGAUACUCUUGACACCUUACCAAAGGAACUAGCUCUUGUCUUCAGAAACCUCCGUCUUAUCCAGGGAAUAAACUUAUCGUUUGGGGUACCAAUAAACAGAGUAAGACUCAUGGCAGAAGUGGCCGUUAAGAACUCGAAAAAGGAUGAAGAUUUCUUCACAAAUCUUCAAUCACGGGUGAAGUUUGAGUGGCAUUUCUUUGUGUUGGACCUGAGGAACAGACUAAUAGCCUGGGCACUGUGGCUGUAUAGCUGCUUUGCUAAACGAGAAGAGGGAGCUGUCGAUGUGUCACAAGCAGCUUUGUUUCUUAAAGCGUGAACAUGGGCUUUCAGAUUUUAAACAACUUAGAUCUACUCGUCAGAUGAAACACACAACUGGUUCUAUUUAGUUUUUCAAUCAUGUGCAAACUUGUAAAUACUUGAGCUCUAGUAUUUUUGUAACAGUUUACUUUCGUUACAUGGACUUACUGAUUAGAAAUUUGUUUUAUUAGCUCUAUUGAAGGGCUUAACAUGUGGAAAUUUAUUGAUUUCCGGUUAAGACUAUUUCGUGAUCAUAAUGAAAUCAGGGAGUAUUAUUUAAGUACAUUGAUAAGUGACCCAAUGUUCAGCUGAAUCAAUUGUAGACCCUCACUCUCAGAUAUAUUAUUUGUAAUUUUUAAUUGUUAUUAAUUCCAGUUCUUUUAGUAUUGCAGUAGGGUAAUUGUUAUUAAAUUAUGAAAGAUAAAGGAGAUGUUGAAAAGUAAGUUUUGAUAUGAGUUUAUAUGCCCUGAAAUUUCUUAACGCAACAUUAUUGAUUAUUGAAAGUUAUCAUCCAACUAAAUAUUCCUGAAUCCUGACAACGCGAAUUUCAUAUCCUUUACUAAUAUAACUAUAAGUUUGUUUGCUAAUGUUCGGUUAUUGCCUUUGUAAAUAUCAUUAUAAUGAAGCUCGUUUUGAAUGUCGAUUUAUUUAAUGCUUUCUACUAACCUGCU